AUGAUGGAUACGGAUACCUCAAAAAUUCCUUAAAUAUAGGUCUUCCUCCUGGUCCUGGUUCUGUGCCCCCUCCUCUCCUCUGACCUCUCUCCCCUUUGCCUUUUUUUUUCUUUCACAAUUCACAAUUUCAUGAGCCCAACUGCUUAAGUACAGUGCUAAAGUGCGCCUGACGCAUAGGAUAACAGGUAGUGCGCACUGUGCUUUACGCGUACCAUAUGAGAAUGGUUUGUGAGUGAGCCUAAUGUGAACCCAGUGCGCUCAUAGCUCCAAUACAAAAACUCCCCGAUCCCCCAUUUUUGCACCAAAACUCUCUCAAAAGGAAAAGCCAACGCUUUAUCUCUUUACCUUCUCCAAACCGGUCUGAAAAGUCCGAGCUUGUUUUUUUUGUCACCAAAAAUGGCUGCAACACCAACACGUAGCUCGAACCUUUGAAAUCUCACUCCAAUUCCCACCAAACCCCAAGCUCUGAGCUUCAAAUCUAAUUCGAAAAAGGAAGCCGUUUGCAUAGCUCCAUUUUUCAUCUUCCAGAGCAAGCCCACCCAUGUCGUCCGAUAUAAGCUAAAAGAAAAUUUUCGCACUCAAUUGUCAGAACGACUAAUCGUACCUUGAUUUGAAUUCCGAAUGGAUAAUUGUGCGAACUGUGGAAAAGGAGUGACCGAUUUGUUUGUAGCGUCUGUGACGUGUUAAAACGAUUUGGGAAAGGAAUUGAGGAUUAAGGGUUGUUGGGUGUGGUUCGGGUGGGAGAUGGGUACGGAUCGUCUGCUUUUGCCGACGGUGGGACCGCCGAUAAAGCGGCGAGCUGGGUUGCGGAGAAAGCAGGCUGGAAGAGGUUCGUAUAGAGGGAGUUAAGGCUUAAGCUUUUUGGUGUAUUUGGAGGAAUAGUGUGUAUGUUAGAGGACGGUGAGAUAGAUAGAGAGAGUGAGAGAAAGAUGGGAGGUGGCGUUGGUGCUAUUGGUAACACUGAGUUACGGCAGACGCUAAGGAGUCUCUGUUUGAAUACGGACUGGAUGUACGCAGUGUUUUGGAAGCUCAAACACCACUCUCGGAUGGUGUUGACAUGGGAAGAUGCUUACUAUGACUACCAUGAGCGACAUGAUUCUCCCUGGAAUAAUUGCUGUAGCAAGACACCGGACAAGUUGCAUGAUGGCCAUUAUUCGCAUGAUCCCCUAGGAUUAGCUGUGGCAAAGAUGUCGUAUCAUGUAUAUUCUCUGGGAGAAGGGAUUGUUGGACAGGUGGCAGUUACCGGAAAGCAUCAGUGGAUCUUUGCAGAUAAGCAAAUUACGGGUUCCCGAUUGUCAUUUGAGUACUAUGAUGGGUGGCAAACUCAAUUUUCGGCAGGGAUCAAGACUAUUGCUGUUGUUCCUGUUGCUCCACAUGGAGUUGUGCAGCUUGGCUCUUUGAAUAAAGUCGGUGAAGACAUAAAGCUGGUGAAUCAUAUUAGAGAUGUCUUUUUUGAUCUCCAAGGUUCCUCAAUAGAGCAUAUAGCUAGUCCAAUACUAAGUAAUAUGAAGAAUUUAUUACAUCUGCAAGAUGUGCCGGCAAAUAGUUCGGCUUCAGUGAUGAUUACUGAUUGUAUACGAAAUUCUGAUAAAGCCAUAGACAAAGAAGGAGCAGAUGUUUGGUUGUCCAUGUUUCCAUGUUUUGGGAAUGAUGGGGGCAAUUCUUGUGCAUUUCUACCGCAUGGUUUUUAUCAGAGAAAGGCAGUGGAAGUGGUUGAUGAUCAUGAGCGGCUUGAAUUAUGCACCUCAGUAGGUGAUGAAAGUGCCCAGUUGCAUUCGUCAAACUCUAACAUUAUCUAUUUGGAGCACCAGAAACUAGUUGGUGGCAGGACAUGUGGUGGUGACAUUAGUGGCUGCAAAGAUAGACAGGGGGGUUCAGAACCCAAUUUCCAUUCGUUGUCACACGGUUCUGCUGUAGUUAGUGUCAACUUAUGUGAUGUUAUACAUCCAGCUGACCAGAACCUCCUUGAAUCUGCUGUUUGUGACAGAAUUAAGCUGGAUGGUAAAGUUUUUGACAAAAAUGGUUUGUUACAGAUACCUGAACCUUCAGACAUGAAAUUCGACACCGAUUUGGAAAAAUUGCAAUUUCAAGCUGAGUCAAGUCACAUGGACAUGUUAAACACAUCUUUGCAUUUCCCUGCUGGCUAUGAGCUUCAUGAAGUACUUGGACCGGCUUUCCUCAAAACAAGUAAUUAUUUAAAUUCAGCGAAGACUGAAGAUGGAGUAAUUAUUGAGAUGCCGAAGGGGAUGAGCAGUAGCCAAUUGACAUCCAAUUAUUACCCUGAUCAUCUUCUAGAAGCAGUAGUGUCCAAUGUUUUCCAAAGUAAUAGUGAUGUUAAAAGUGAUAAACUGUUGACUAAACCGGUGCAGUCUCUGUCCACAACUGAGGUUAAUCCAGAGUCUUCUGGUCAUACCGUGGAUGCUAUUACUUCAGUACAUUAUCCGUUUGAACAGCCCUCUCAUUUAGAGAAGGACAAACAGCACUGCUUGAGCUCAUCAGGGUUAUGUGGUGUGAUAUCCCCAACAAGUUUUUCAUCAAAUUGUACAAGUACAUGUAGUGAGCUGGAGAGAUCUUCCGAACCAGCUAAGAACAACAAAAAGAGAUCCAGGCCUGGUGAAAAUUCUAGACCUAGGCCUAGGGACAGACAAUUGAUCCAAGACCGUAUUAAGGAGCUGCGGGAGCUGGUGCCCAAUGGAUCAAAGUGCAGUAUUGAUUCACUGCUGGAACGCACAAUCAAACACAUGCUCUUUCUGCAAAGUGUAACUCAGCAUGCUGACAAGCUAUACAAAUGUACCAAUUCAAAGUUGCAUGACAAAGGAACUGCAGGCAUUAUAGGAUCCUCCGGUGCUGAACAUGGUUCAAGCUGGGCAGUGGAGGUGGGAGGCCAUUUGAAAGUUUGUUCUAUAAUAGUAGAGAACCUUAACAAGAGUGGCCAGAUGCUUGUAGAGAUGUUGUGUGAGGAUUGCAGCCAUUUUCUUGAGAUAGCUGCGACCAUCAGAAGUUUGGGUCUGACAAUCUUAAAAGGUGCAACAGAAGCUGAGGGCGAGAAGACUUGGGUAUGUUUUGUGGUUGAGUUCUAAUUGUUCAGGGCCAGAACAACAGAAUCAUACACAGAAUGGAUAUAUUGUGGUCCCUUGUCCAAAUAUUGCAACCAGCAAUGCAACCAUGAUGGCUUGUCGUCUCUUGGAGAUUUUCAUGUAGGCUUCUCUGUAAAAUAUCUAAGUCGUAUUUGAUAUUUAUAGGCUUUCCUUCGAACAACCUCUCGUCCCCCACCACAACACAUGAAAAAAAGAAGGAAAAAGGGUAAAAAGAAAGACCAAGGAAGAUGGAAAGAAAGAAAACCAACAAUUUUCUUGAAAGCAUUUUUCUCUCUUACUUUGCAGUGUGUAAAUGUAAAGAUGGAAUUUGUUGUUUCCCUCUAUUUACUGCUUGAAAGUUUUGUUGUUAUUUGUUUGGAAGUUGGAUUAAUAUUGAGAAGAGAUAAGUCCUGAAGCAGUAUUUUAAAGAAUAA